AUGUCCGAGGACUCAUGGGCUCUGUCGGUGGACCAGCAGGAGGCGAAGGCUCCGGCGCUCAAACACCUUAAUACCAAACAAAAGAAAACAAACAGCAACGUUGUGCCGGGGGACGGUGAACCUGGAGACGAGCCGGGCCCGGCCGAUCAGUCGCUGCUGCACAAGAUGAUCCGCCGCUCUCUGGUGCGGAACCGGAACGAGGUGGAGGUCCUGCAGAGAGACCCCAACUCUCCUCUCUACUCCGUCAAGUCCUUUGAGGACCUGAGGCUGAAACCGGAGCUGCUGAAUGGUGUGUACAGCAUGGGCUUCAACAGACCGUCCAGAAUCCAGGAGAACGCUUUGCCCAUGAUGCUGGCACAGCCCCCUCUGAAUCUAAUCGCCCAGGCUCAGUCCGGCACCGGUAAAACUGCUGCUUUCUCUCUGGCCAUGCUCAGCCAUGUCGACCCGGCCAAUAAGUGGCCUCAGUGCCUGUGCAUCUCUCCGACGUACGAGCUCGCUCUGCAGAUCGGUCAGGUCAUCGAGCAGAUGGGGAAGUUCUGUCCAGAUGUGGAACUGGCGUACGCCAUUCGAGGCAACAGAAUGGAGCGAGGCACUAAGUUGCAGCAGCAGAUUGUCAUCGGGACACCAGGCACGGUCCUGGACUGGUGCAUGAAGUACAAGUUCAUCGACCCCAAGAAGAUCACCAUGUUCGUGCUGGACGAGGCCGACGUGAUGAUCGCCACGCAGGGUCAUCGGGAUCAGAGCUUUCGAAUUCACAGGCAGCUGACGAAGGAUUGCCAAAUGCUCCUUUUCUCCGCGACCUUUGAGGAGUCCGUGUGGGGUUUUGCCAAAAAGGUGAUUCCCGACCCAAAUAUCAUCCGGCUGAAGCGUGAAGAGGAGACUCUGGACACCAUCAAGCAGUACUACGUGGUCUGCAAGGAGGAGGAGGACAAGUUCACAGCGCUCUGCAACCUGUACGGAGGCAUCACCAUCGCCCAGGCCAUCAUCUUCUGCCGUACCCGUAAAACUGCAGCUUGGUUAACUGUGAACCUGAUGAAAGAGGGCCACCAGGUGGCGCUGCUGAGUGGAGAAUUGGCGGUGGAGCAGAGGGCCGCGGUCAUUGAACGCUAUCGCAACGGCAAGGAGAAGGUGCUCGUGACCACGAACGUGUGCUCCAGAGGUAUCGAUGUUGAGCAGGUGUCCCUUGUGGUAAACUUUGACCUCCCCGAGGACAUUGAUGGAAAUGCCGACAACGAGACGUACCUGCACCGGAUCGGCCGCACGGGACGCUUCGGCAAAAGAGGAUAUGCUGUCUCUAUGGUUGACAGUGAGCACGGCAUGGAUAUUCUCCACCAGAUCGAGACUCAUUUCAACAGGAGAAUCCCCAAACUGGACCCAAGUGAUCCGGCAGAGAUGGAGAAAGAGUUCAACAGUUAG